CAAGUUGGUCUGGAUGAAACUGCAGCACUGUGUCACCAUCACACUGCCGGAUGCUACCGAGCUUCUGACCCGCUAGUCGAACAUUGCAGCGCCGGAAAAAGCCGUUUUUUGAUUUUCUAUUUAUCUCUUGCUUUGGUAGUGAAGUGCAUAGUAGAGGUGGAGGUGUGGAGACAUCGAAGUACCAACGGGGGACCGAUGUGAUACCUGCCAGCUUCAGCGUCAGUCUUGUGAACAACGACUGACCUGAGAAUCUCUUCUAGCGGUGACGGGAAGGAGCCUGCCACCUAUGGCGCAUUUGAGAAGUUGGAAGGGCCAGACCUUCCAUGGAAGUUGUUAGCGUUAGCAGUGGGCAAGUACAGGGAAUGGGGGUUCACCCAAAAUCCUGAGCAAAUGCACUGAUGCGAAGGGUGAACGUUUUCCGGAAAAGAUUGACAUCCGAUGCAGCAGAUCCUUUUCUUCUUUCGCCCUCGAAUUCCCGAUUUGAUCGCUUCCUGAGAUGGAAAAUAACGCUGCAUCAGUUGGGUUAACCCUGGUCCGCAGCCCACGGGUUGCGCUUGUCCCAAUUCACAUUGUCUGCUGUGGAUUAGCUUCACUCGCUGUGUGGCUCGUAACAACUCUAUUGUUGUAUCUAACCUCUGAUUACGAAGUUCAAUUUGUGAAGAGACUUGUUAACGCCGUUCGCCUGUGCGGAAUCCUUCUUCUACUAAGCCUGGGCAUCCUGUUUCUCUACCCCUACACAACACAAUCGUUAUUUAUCAAUAUCAUCCGGGCUUUCGUAACUGUGUUCGCUGCUGGGUGGGGAAUGUUCCUCGACGAGCACGCCCUCUUAAGAUGGCUGGUAGGAACUUUUGUGCUCUUUGGUUCUAGGGGGCUGUUACCAGACUCUAACACAAGAACCGGUUGGCAUGUGCGUGUCCACCGUUAAGGGAGAUACAGAUGACAUGCACAAAGGAACCGCCGGUGAAUAGAGAUGGAUGAAAAGUACCGUACUUCGAUCUAUCAUAUAUUCUGGAUUCACACACGACUGGACGAAGACCCGUUGAGCAGUGAAAACUACUGGAGGCAGUAUCUCUUGACGAAACCUAGCACGGAUCUUCCCAACCAGUGUGGAACUCUGUCACUUUCGCACUCGACGGCUGUCUGCAUGCGAACACGGAGACGGUGACUUGAGCUUGUGUGACCGUGGCGCUGUGCUCAAAGUCGAUGACGCACUUUUCUAUACUUAACGAACACUACGCCAGAUAUAUGAUGUUAGUUCGUUUUGAUGAAGCAGUUGGAGAAUGCCGGCAGCAUGCCUGUUGUAUUACAAAAUUUUCAGCCCGUGUCUAUCUCCUGCCUGUACAGUACGUCCUCUUUACCACCGGAGCGGGAGCGAUCGACAUCAUCUGCGUCACGCUGCAAGCAGACUUGCUGGACUGCCAGGAGGCUCAAAGAUGCUCGACGGAUGAUACUACUGGGGCCCUGAAAAUGUCGUACAUUAGGCAAUAUGUGGCAUUGAGCAUCGAGCUGCUCGGCCUCCUGUAUAGCGCCUACGUCUUUCACGCUCUAGGUUUCUGCCAGAGCCAUAUACUUCCCGAUGAAUAUGGAAUUCCGCAACAUCUGUGCGGGCUGGCCAAGGCUUCCAUCACACGAAAAAAACUCGAGGCUAGAGACCCCCGACUUUUCGACAAAGGAAAUACGCACGUGCUCUUUGAUCCGAAGGAUCCGCUGGAAAUCAAAUGGGACACGUUCACCGACACGGUCUUAGGUAAGGUGUCCGCAAGGACCACGUUCGUUGCCACCUCAAAGCCACUGAAGGUUACGGUGUCUUUCAGAAGGCCAUAUCCAAUAUUCUGUCCUCGAUAUGCAGAUUUCUGCAUGGUACUCCUUCCUGCGGCUUAUGACUUUGAGUGGACGGAAUGACGUACUACGCAGACGCAGAAGUGCAACUUUCUCACCGACGACUCUGACCUGAGCUGAUCCAGGACACCAACGUAUUCACCGAAACCAGGCACUAUAUAUAUCCGGAAGGAAGCCCAAAAUACAACAUUCUAUUGGUUCGGAUAGGAAGACGCUCUCAGCAUUCCAAAAAAAUAUCUUAUUUUAACCUGUGGCUUCAUGACCACUCACCAGGAGGGAAUGUAAACACGCGCUGUUCACAUUUCCCUCACAUGCCCGUAAUUCCCGCUGUUAAUGAAUUGGCAUUGUAGGUGAGGACAGACUGAGUUGGCCUAUAUCCAGAAACAACCGCCGCGUGAGUAUGGUAUCAGAAGAAGAGCUUCAAUAUCGAAUUCGCAUUCUUCGGAAACUCGGUUUGCCUGUCGAAGAUUACCUCAAAAUGCGCGAAGAACGGGAAUGCGACUGAAAGGAAGUUGCUUUCCCCGUCCGGUUGAUGAGUCACGGUGGACGCCGAGUACUUGUGCACCACAGCCAUUGUAGGUGGCUGAGGCGCUCGAUACCACAUUACCUACCCGCAAACAAUCAUUCUUCACUACAGAUUGACAAUGAUGUGUCGAGUGAUGCAGUUAUAGUCUUUCCAAUUACUAGCCACGAGCAUUCCGCUCGUGACUAGUACCAGUUCAGACUGAAGCACCUGCGGGCAACCUUCGCAGGCGAAUACUGCAGAAACGUGUGAAUGAAUAUUUUGCCAAGAAUAUAAGACAGCUUUUCGGGAGAUCGAAAGCUUUGUUGAUUGGUCGAACAGAGAGUUGUCGACCAAUUUUAGUCGCAGUAAUAUAGCCAGCGUCUCUC